GUUGUAACGGCUCAUGCAGUCAAAGUACCAGUGACAUCAGGGUUAAAUGCAAAUAUCCCUGGAUUUCUUCCUGUUCAUUGUGUGUAUCAUCAACUCAAGAGCAGAAUGUUCACCAAACAUAAAGUCCCCAUCAAAGAUUGGAUAUACAAUCAAAUUUGUGCAUCUGUAACACCACUUCAUCCAGUAAUGCCACAGUUAAUAGAGGUGUAUGUCAAUUCCAUUAUCUUACCUGCUAGCAAAGGAGGCCUUUCUGAUACCUUUAACGAGCCAAUAUCGGAGGAAGAAAUUAUGUCUGUUUUUUCGCAAUCAAUAUUUACUGAAAAAGCUUCUUCAGUAGUGAAUCAGAGCUCAAAGCCAACAACUUUACAUGCCUCUGCACCCUUCCGAAAUCUCAGCAGAAGAAAAUCACUGCUUCGGGAAAAGUCUCCAUUUAUGUCAGGUGCCUCAGCUGGUCACAUUAUGCCUUCACCUUCCGUCAGGACACAUCACCGGAUUUCCAAUACCUCUUGUAAUGGUGUAAAUGUGACAUCAGUGAUGACAUCACAGUUGCUGCUGUUGUAUUACUUGCUGCUGUAUGAGGAUGUACGGCUGAACAAUACACUCCAGCUACUGGCAAACAGUCGGCGUAUCCAUUCUUACUCUCCGCAUCUGUUUGCUCAGUUACCCAUAAGAUACCUGCUUUCACAUGCUCAGAAGGAACAGAGGCUAUAUGCAGGUCUGUUCUCGCCUUUGGUGAAACUGCUUGUGAGCCAUUAUCCUCAGCUGUGCCUGGUGGAAGACUGGCUUUAUCAGAGUCCAUCAGCUAACUCCAGCCUGGGGAUCUUGCCACCUCCAGUGCCUCUUGAUCCUCAGUCUGUAACGAAAGCCAUGGAAGACGCUGCCGACAAACCUGGAAGGCUCCUCAUCGUGUUGGACCGUCUGAUGCGCAUGCCUCCUCACCAAGUGUGGCCUCUGGCUGCCCCUAUCACUGCCUCUAUUAAGUGCCUCUUGCAACCUGGAGUGCCUCGGAAAGUCCUAGACACGUACCGGCAAGUUUGGAUGAGGCUAAACUCACUCUUUCCUCGUCGUCUCUGGGCCAUGUCCGUUGAGGGACUACAGCCGGAGCAGCCUCAGAGCAAGUUGAGAAAGGCACUUACAGAGGAUGACAUCAUUCUGGAUCCUCUGUAUGUGCUUCGAUGUGAUCCGAGAGUUAAUAGGUGUGCCCCUCUCCUGCAGUUGGUUAUAUACAUGCUUCAGGUGUAUCUCCUGUCUUCCCGUACAUUCCUCUCUCAGCAAAUGCAAAACACACCCCUAGUGAACACUCCACACACUCCUGUGGGGGGAAAUACCACCACCCCACCACAGGCUCUUGAGGAGGAGAGGGAAAAGCUCCGGGGAGCUCUCGUGCUCACACAGGAAAGUGCUGCGGUACAAAUCCUGCUGGAGGCCUGUCUCAUGAACAGUGAUGAGAAGGUGGGCACCCUUACAGAUGGUGCUGGAGCUCUGACUCUCCAAGAAAUAAGAAGUGUUGCGUGUUCUUUCAUCCAUCAAGCGUUUCUUAAGGACACUACACUGGCUAAAUUAGUGCACUUUCAGGGUUACCCUGGAGAACUCAUAGGCCCAGUUGUGCGUGGUGUUCCCUCCAUGCACAUUGCAAUUGGCCUCAAUUGGAUCCCAGAGCUUCUUCAGCUGCCAGACUUGGACAAGCAAAUGUUUGCCGUAGAGCUUACAUCCCACUUGGCCCUCCAGAAUGCCAUGCCUUCAACCCUGAGUAUUUCUAGGCUGGCAAUCAAUACUUUAGCUACUCUUCUGUCAGUUCUGGGAGAGGAAGAAAGACUAUCCAUCAUGGAAGCCUCGUUGCCAUCUUUGGUGCGUAUUGGCCGAGCCUUCCCCUCCCUCAUCGAUGAUUUGCUCCACUUACUGGUGAUGUACGGACGGGUUGGUGCAGCACAUUCUGCCCUGUCUACUGCACCAUCACCACAUUCAAUAGCAUUUCUUGACAAACCAGACUAUGAGGAGGAUGUGGCUUGCGAGACCAUUCCAUGGUUGAGGCCAAGAAAAGUGCCGCAAGAAGACAGCCUUUACGCGCGUAUCAUAUCUACCUUCAAGGAGUUGGUCAUUGCUAGUACAAUGACCCACAAUCUGUACUGAGAAAUUUCAUUGGGCUAACAUAGCAUCAUAUGUACAUUUAGGGGGAAUAGUCAGUGAACAGGUUCUGUUUGAUUGGAUAAAUCCAUUUAGUUGGAUCCAAGAUAUGCAAUGGUUUCUAAGUUUGGGGGGUAAUUUUGUUGCAUAAUUUAACUUGUUCAUGUGUUCUCAUGUUUUUGAUAGGGAAUAUAGUAUAGCUAUUGGCUAUUGAUGCAAAGAUAGAGACUUUGGAUGUCUAAAAACUUCAACCUCUCAGAUCAUUACAAAAUUUGGAUCAGAUAAAGCUUUCAGAAUUCCAAGGGAAAAAAUUAGAAUUUAAAAGGAGUAGCUUUAAAUGAAUAAAUUAAAUUUGCCAGAAAACUUUUUAAGUUUAUUGGAAAAAAGAAUAUGAUGUUGUAAAGAAGGUUAAGUCCAAAAUGUAUGUGGACAAUAUUUUUGUAUGAUCUUUUUUUGAGAGUGUGCAUAUAUUGUUAAGUAAUUGUGUAGGAAUUUAGUUGCCAUUAUUCUUUUCCAUUUGAUUUCAUAGCUACACAGGUACUAUGUUAGAUUUUGUAAGAUUACAAUAAAAUAUAUAGUGAUACAAAAGAAAAUA